AAAGCCUUUCUCUUCUCUGAAAAUAAACCCCCUGAAGUGACUACUACAGUAGUAAUGAAAAGAAGAAUUCCCUUCCUACUUCAACAACCUUCACCUUCAACAACCACAUAUCUUUCCUCCAUUAACUUACUCCUUAAACCCCCAAAUCACUACAAUGCCACACCACCACCACCUUCUCAUCGCACCUUCAAAUCCCAUUCCCUCCCACCCCCAGAACUCAUCGAACCAUUCUCCGACCUCUCCGACGUCGUCGUUUCCUCUAAACAACCUUCUCCAUGGUUCACCCAAAUCCUCAACCUCCUCGACAAUUCCCCAACCAUGGAAUCAAAUCUCGAUUCCUUCUGCCACCAAUUCCUCAUCACUCUUUCCCCUUCCUUCGUCGCUCAUACUCUCCGUUCCCUUAACAACCACCACACCGCCCUUCGUUUCUUCUCUUGGGCUUCUCAUCAACGUAACUAUUCCCAUUCUCUCGAUUGCUACGUUUCGAUCAUUAACCUUCUCCUCAUCUCCCCCACCACCACCACCACGGCAGCCGCUUUAAACAUUUUCUCCGAAUUUCAACGUAACCGUCUCCCGCUUACACCACCUGCUGCUAAUUCCCUCAUUAAAAGCUUCGGUAACGCUGGUUUGGUUAACGAGCUUUUAUUUGUAUGGCGUGGAAUGAAUGAGCAAAACAUUCAACCAAGUCUUUUUACUUAUAAUUCGCUUUUGAAUGGACUUGUUGGUUCGUGUUUUAUCGAAUCAGCAGAGCGUGUUUUUGAUGCGAUGAAGGAAGGUAGAACAAAGCCUGAUGUGGUUACUUACAAUACUAUGAUCAAAGGGUAUUGUAAAGCGGGGAAAACACGGAAGGCGAUUGAGAUGGUUCGCGAAAUGGAGGUUAUUAACUUGGAGCCUGAUGUUGUUAGUUAUAUGACAGUAAUGCAGGCUUGUUAUGCUGAAGGUGAUGUUGAUUUUUGUUUGAGUCUUUAUCAUGAAAUGGAGGAUAAGGGAUUUGAAGUUCCUUCACAUGGUUAUAGUUUGGUGAUAUGCGGGCUUUGUAAAAUGGGAAAGGUUUUAGAAGGGUAUGCUUUGUUUGAGAAUAUGAUUAGAAAUGGUUGUAAGGGUAAUAAGGCUGUUUAUACUGCUUUGAUUGAUUGUUAUGGGAAGAGUGGGAAUUCGGAUGGGGCUUUGAGGUUGUUUGAGAGGAUGAAAAUGGAUGGGAUUGAACCUGAUGAGGUUACUUAUAGUGCUAUUGUUAAUGGGUUGUGUAAGAGUGGGAGAGUGGAGGAAGCUUUGAGUUAUUUUCAGUUUUGUAAUGAGAAUGGUGUUGUUGUUAAUGCUGUGUUUUAUUCGAGUUUGAUUGAUGGGCUUGGGAAGGCGGGGAGAGUUGAUGAAGCCGAGAAGGUGUUUGAUGAAAUGGCUGAGAAGGGAUGUCCGCCGGAUUCGUAUUGCUACAAUGCGCUCAUUGAUGGACUUUGUAAGUGUGGGAGGAUAGAUGAUGCUCUUGCGUUGGUAAAGAGGAUGGAGCGCGAUGGGUGUGAGCAGACUGUGUAUACGUUUACUAUACUUAUCAGUGAGCUUUUUAGGGUGCAUAGGAAUGAAGAGGCGGUCAAGAUGUGGGAUUUGAUGAUUGACAAAGGGAUAACGCCGAAUGUUGCCUGUUUCAGGGCUCUUUCGAUUGGAUUGUGUCUUUCGGGGAAGGUUGCGAGGGCUUGCAAAGUGUUGGAUGAGCUUGCACCUAUGGGGGUUGUUCUUGAAACGGCUUAUGAAGAUAUGAUUGGAGCGCUGUGUAAAGCUGGUCGCGUGAAGGAGGCUUGUAAGUUGGCUGAUGGAAUUGUUGAUAGAGGUAGAGAAAUACCUGGGAAGAUUAGGACCGUGAUGAUUCAUUCCUUGAGGAAAGCUGGGAAUGCUGAUUUGGCUAUCAAGUUGAUGCAUAGCAAGAUUGGUAUUGGGUAUGAACGAUAUCGGAGUGUUAAAAUGAGGGUCAAGUUUCAAACCCUUGUUGACAGUUGAAUUGAUUCAGGUAGGUAUCAUGUGGCACUUGAAAACAGCUAAAGGCCAAAGCCAGUUUUAGUUUGAAUGCGUUGGAGAUUGUUAACUAAAUGAUGUAGUAUUGGCUAUGAAGCAAUACUAAUUUAUAAUAGCAUGGAGUCAGUUAAACAAUUGCGGCAGGUUUCACCAAAAUACAGACAAAUAAGAGAGCUACACUGCACCAUCAGAAUGAUAUGAUUCCUAAUGUUGUGCAAUUAUUGUUAUUCCUUAUAAGAAAGCCAAACUGCACUAGUCUGAAUGAUGUGAUUCCUAUUAAUUAUAGCGUGCAGUAGCUUGAUCGAUUAUGUACCAUGUCUCAGAUGCAGGAGUCAUGAAAAUGUUGGUAUGUCUUUCUUACUAGUUCCCAUGUGAUGUAAGGGGGAAAAAAAUUCCCCUAUUGAAGUUGAAUGAAAUUGUUGUGUUUUAGCUUGAAGAUUCAUACAUUAACUUUUAAAUUCACCUGAAAUGACUGUGUUCUUAGCUUGAAAAUUCAUGUUAACUUUUCAUCUGUAUCUUGUGCUACUUGGUUGCUUUAGUAAUUCUUAUACCCUGUGUGAUAGCUAUGAAGAAUUUAUGUAGAGUUUGGAUGGUCGAUAAUACAUACAAUGAAGUUUUUCAACACUGCCAUUUCACGCCAACACAUAUGAAGUGUAGCAUGUUGCUUUAACUUCCAAUUGAGGUGUCCCCGUGAGCUUAGCUCAGUUGGUAAGGACAAUGCAUAAUAUAUGCAAGGUCCGGGGUUCGAAUCCUAGACACCACCAAAAAAAAACUUCCAAUUGAGGAUACAAUAGUUGAAGCAUGAUGAAAUUCACAUUCAUAUUAGGACCCUGUAGCAUGAUUUCUUCCCUUGACCACCUUAGCUUGAAAAUAUAUUUAGUUUCUCUCUCAUGCUUCUUCAUUUUCAGAUACUCCCACACACUCCACCAUCUCUCUGAUCACGGAAAAUACUCUCACAGUAAUUUUCUCUCGUGUACAACUCCUUCAUAUGAUUUUUGUUGUGUUUCAAAUAAUUCUGUUUUAUUCCUUUCCCUUGUUAUAUAUUUUUUUUUAUUGAAUGCAAGGUUUCAUUUGAAUAUAGUGUGGGUUGUAACAUGUAUACUCUUUGGAAACGUGUCCAUAAAGCUUUUGAAAUUGAGAUAUGGAGGCUAACACUUCCUUUGGAAAGAUAUUCAUGAGGUAUUUGAUACAUGUGAUGUAAUCUGUUAGCUAGAAGCGUGUGUAUAGCAACAGUUUCUAGUUAACAGCAAACCCCCUUCAUAUGGAGCUGUUGCCCUUUGAGUUGCCGGCCAAAAUGGGAAUUAUGCAUUUGGUACUUUGAUCUCUGAAAUUUUCAAUUUGAAACAUUGUCAUCAUAAAAUUGUGAGUUUGGAAACAAUGAUAGUGUUUCAGCAACAGUUUUAAAGUUUAAACAGUGUUGUUAAAUAGCAGCUAUAGCGGCGCUAGGUAGCUAUAGCGUAGCGGAAUUUGGAGAAACCACUAUUGUUCCAUAUACAUUAUUUAGUACAAAAUAUUGCCAAAUAACUGUUAUAGUGGCGCUAUAACAA